AGCCAAUCAUCAACGCUCCUCCACAGAAAUUUGAUUAGUAGUUCUCUUUUUCUCAGUCACAUAACUCCACCAACACAGUCUCCGGUGGUCUCUUCCCGGUGAUAUGUCGUCAUCUGCAACCCUGUUUUCCUCCGUCACAACCAUCAAAUCCCGCCGGCCAACGUAUUCAAACAGUCUCCACUUAACAAACAAACUUCCACUACUAUCAUCCCCAUUCCUUGACCCAACAUCAUUCCGUCCAAUUAUCCAUCAUCAUAUUCAUGGGCGGAAUACCACUAAACCCACAUCCAAACACCCCAUUCUCAUGGAGUGGCAGGACUGCACGGUUAAAAAGGAAAUAGAUGUGCCGAUUUCUGUAGCAUAUAAUUGUUAUCUUGAUAGAGAAUCUAUUCCUCGUUGGAUGCCUUUCAUUUCCACCGUUAAGGUAUUAGAAGACAACCCUGAGCUGUCAAGAUGGACUCUCAAGUAUUCAGCAUUUGGGCGUGAUCUGGAAUUUUCUUGGCUUGCUCGCAAUAUGCAGCCAAUCCCAAAUCAAAAAAUCCAUUGGAGAUCUUUAGAAGGUCUUCCCAACAGAGGAGCUGUACGAUUUUUUCCUAAAGGUUCCUCGUCAUGUUUAGUUGAACUUACAGUUUCAUAUGAAGUACCUCAACUAUUGGCCCCUGUGGCAGCUGCUUUACAACCUUUCACUGCAAACUUGCUGGGACGUGGGUUGGAAAGGUUUGCUAACUUUGCAAGGACAUACCAAACGGAUUCAGUCUGAGAGUUGUUACUCCAUAUUAGUGCAUCACAUUAGUUUUCUGUCAAAUCCUGUAAAUUCUGCCAUGCAUUGGACUGUUAAAUACAAGUUCAAGCAGAAAUGGUGAAUGUGCUUGUGGUUGAAUUAGAUACUUUUCCAUAAUGUACAUACAACAAAAAUGCCUCGGAUCACAUGAUCCAGGCUAAACAACUCAUUUUUCACUCGUAUAUCUACAAACAUUUUUGCACUCA